CUGCUGCUAAAUGUAGCAUAGCUGCUAGAAUAAAAAUGAAAGUUAAUGAAGUGAAUGGGAUAGUAAAUAAAUAGUGUAUAUCCAUAUUUUUAUUAUUUAAAUUGAUUUGUAUUCAAAAGUUGAAUGAUGGAGUUACAUUUUUAUAUAGUUGUUCUUUUGAGUAUAUAUUUGUUACCAAAAUCAGAGGCUCAGUCAUACGAAGAUAAAAGAUGUAAAUGUAUCUGCCCAAGCAUUGCUUCUGUUUCAAAUAAAAAAGAAACCAAAAAUCUUACAUCAAGAAUUUUGUAUAUAACGAAUGAUCCACCAAAUAAAUGUAACUGUGACGGAGUUAUAUUGCCCAGGAUAGGACAAGACAUUUUUGGAAUGGAAAGAGAAUUUUGUCCUCGAUGUGAAUGCAAAUAUGAAAAUCGCAAUACAACAAUCAUAAAAGUUGUUGUUAUCAUCGUCAUUUGGGUAAUCUCGAUAUUAGUGAUAUACAUGGCAUUCCUUAUAAUACUGGAUCCCCUUUUGAAUAAGCGGAUAAAAGGAAAUUAUCAGGAACACACAAAUGAAGAAGAUGAUGUAUCUGCUGGACCAAUGUCACAUAACAUGAGUGUACGGGGAAAUGUUUUGAACAGGGUUGGACACCAGCAAGACAAAUGGAAAAGACAAGUUAAAGAACAACGGCGUAAUAUUUAUGACCGCCACACAAUGUUAAACUAGUAGUACUCAUUCCUGAUAUAUUCUGUGUAUUGAAAUUAAAUCUGUCUGCAAAAUCUGAUGUGGCACAUCUAGUGAUUCUAAUGGUGUCAAAUGAAGAUAUAUACCUCAUGGUAUAAUUAUAUGAAAUCACUUAGGCAAUAGGAGGAUAUUUGGGUGAAGUACAAGUGCAAUUUUUGAAGUUAAAUAGAAAUAGGGACCUAUAUUCUGAAAAUUCAUUAUUAUAACACUUUCAGAACCCAUAUGUCAGAAAAUAAAUGAUAUUUCUAAGGA